CUCAAAUUUAAUGGCGACAAUCAUGACUACAGAGAUUAUCGAGAAAGGAAAGAUAACCGUUCAAAAGAGGAAGUGAUGCUCCAAUUAGCGAAAUUGACAAAACAAAUUAACAAUUUAAUAAGAUGACAAUGUAGAUGGAACAAGCAAUCAUGUGGAACACACAAAGCACAGGCUCAUGGCUAACAAUAAUCUUAUUACUGCUAGAACUUAUCUUCUCGGUUGUAUUCGCUGAGCUCUUCCAAGUUAAAAAGCAUGCACGAUUGCGAAAAGAAAUCAACACUGCGCCAUUUCAGUACGAGUCCCAGAUUGGAAAUCUCGUAGGCAAAGUUGGGGAAGGUUACUACCUGGAAGUAUUGAUUGGUACUCAGCCUCAGAAGCUGAAUCUCCUGAUUGAUACGGGCAGCAGUAACCUGGCCGUGGCCUGUGCCAAAGACGACAGCAUUGACAGAUACUUUCAAACCAAUCUGUCAAGUACCUAUGGCAGCCUCGGUGUGAAGGUAAGCGUUCCCUACACUGUGGGCAGCUGGAGUGGCCUGCUGGGUCAUGACCUCAUCACCAUGACAACCGUUCCUAACUCCACAGUGACGGCCAACAUCGCGUGCAUCCAGAGGUCCAGCAGCUUCUACAUCAACGGCUCAGACUGGCAGGGAAUACUGGGGUUGGCCUAUGCUGACAUUGCACGGCCUGACAGUCAUGUUGAUCCUUGGUUUGACACGCUUGUCUCGCAGAGAGGGUUCAACAAUGUAUUUGGAGUGCAGCUAUGCGGCAGAGGGUACAAAACACCAAAUCCAGAGAAACUCACUGGUGGCUCAAUAGUGUUUGGAGGGGUGGCAGCCUCCCUGUACCAUGGCAGCCUGUACUCGACCCCUGUGAACAAAGAGUGGUACUACGAAGUGAUACUGGUAGAUGUCAAGGUCAAUGGACACAGUCUAGCCAUGGAUUGUAAGGAGUAUAACUUUGGUAAAACCAUCGUGGAUACAGGUACAACAAAUCUACGUCUUCCAACCCGAGUCUUCAACAAGCUGGUGGGGUCGAUGAAAGACCAAGUAACGGUGACGGAGCUCUUGUUCCCAGGAUUCUGGGCAGGGUUAGACAACCUGUGUUGGAGGGAAGGGUACACACCAUACCACUUAUUCCCCAACGUGUCCCUUGUACUGCCUGUGAACACCACCGCAGCUUUCGGGGUCAUUGUUACUCCACAGCAAUAUCUGCGUCCCGUUGGUGAAGAGAAUGAUGACAAACCCGAGAAUGAUUGCUUUAAACUCGCCAUAUCAAGUUUUGAUUCAGGGACUGUUCUGGGGGCUAUAGUGAUGGAGGGGUACUAUGUGGUGUUUGACCGCCACAACAGGCAGGUCCUAUGGGCCGAGUCUACAUGUGGCUACGUGGAUACGAAGUCUAGACCUUCCAUUGAUAGCAGCAUUAUAUACGCAGGUGAUUAUAAUGACUGUGCCUACAAGAAGCCUGAAACUCGUGAUCUUACGUUGACGAUUAUCGGCUACGUCAUGGCAGGCAUAUGCGGCCUGUGCCUCGUACCGCUGCUGGUCCUCACGUUCCAGUGGCAGUGUCGACGUGUCAAGUGUCGGAAAUCCUCUCGACGAGGGUCACAUUCCGAUGUCAACGAUUUGAUGAACGAUAGUUGACGUCAGGGGAAUAGCAAUGUACUGUGAAUAUAGCAAGGGACUGUGAAAGAUGUGAUAUGAAAUUUUAAAACAAAGCCAUAGUAUUAAAAAUAUUUAUGCUUUCCAGUGGUUUAUAGAGAAAUAUCAGUGAAUUAAAACUGAUAAUUUCACUGUUUCAAACAGUGAAAAUUAACAUUGAAAAUUAUCGAUAAUUUUCACUGUUUACUGUGAAAUGACGUCAUUUUUUUACGAAAUGACGUCAUUAUCCCAGCGAAAUUCUCUCGUUUAACUCUUUAAAAAUGUAUAUAAACUGUGAAAAAAAGCAUAAAUUAAAAAUUAAAAGAAAAUUUGUUGGAUUCGGUGGAAUAUCGAUUUUAAUUCACUCGUGAUCUUAAAAAAUAUAUUUUUUUUAUAACAUGACCUAGGCUCCAGGAGUGAAAUAACGUAAUGCUCAAUUUUGUUUAUUACACGGGUGUUAUUACACUAGUUAUAUAACUGUGAAAUGACGUCAUUUUUUUUACAAAUUGACGUCAUUAUUCCAGCAAAUUUCUUCAGUUAAACUCUUUUACAAUGUGAAUAAACGGUGAAAAGAGCAUAAAAUAAAAAGAAAAUGUGUUGGUCAUGUUAUAAAUAGAAUCUUAGAUUUGCCGUCAUUUUGUAUUGAAUUAAUUAAACUCGUCAUCUAAAGAUAAAAACUCGGCAAGCCUCGUUUUUAUCUUUAUUUAGACUUGUUUAAUAAAUUCAAUACAAAACAACCACUCAUGCAAGAUCCUAUAUAUAUGAUCACUCGUGAAUUAAAAUCGAUAAUCCAACGAAUCCAACAAAUAUGCUCUAUGUAUUUAUAUUGUAACUUUAAAUAAUAUGCAAAAAAUAAGUCUAUAUGCAAAUGGUAGUUAAAGUAUAAUUAUUAUUAAAAAAAUGGGAAAAAAAGUGUUGUUGAAUGUUUAAAGAUCUACAAAUUCCAGAAUUUUGUUUUUUUCAUUAAAGGCUUGUAUGGAAAAUAUUUUCAUUUAAUAUUUUCAAUGUGGCUUUAAAGCCAUUUAUUUUUUCCUUUGUUGCUUAUUCCAAAAUUCAACAAUUUACUGGCGAAGCGGACAACGACAACAAGCAAGGCCUGGUAUUGUAAUGCACAUGGGGGGGUUAGAAGGUUAAGGUUAGGGGUCGGGUUUGAGUAAGGGUUAGCCUUAACCCUAAUCCUAACCCUAACCCAGGGUUAUCUCCCCUAUACCAGGCCUCGCUCGUUGUUGUCCGCUUCCCCAAUUUACUGAUCCUGUUAUUGUGAAGAGCACUGUGCUGUAAAUGUGGGUUACAAAUCACUUAGUUUGUACUCUGUAGCAUUAGAAAGUUCAUAAGUAUAAAGACUUAUUUAUUCAUAUACAAUGCUCUGAAUUAGAUCUGAUGUAUAAAUAUUUGUUGGGAAUCAGCACGUGUUGUGUUUGUUUUUUAGUUAUAAAUAUUUCAUUAUGCAAGAUUUAAAACGUACUUUAUUUUUUCUUCUAUUGAAUUAAAUCUUGGCACUAAAUCACAAUUUCUGUAUAAACCUACAGGUGCCUAUUUAAGUGUAGUGUAAGACUUUUUACAUAUUUGAUUUUAAACUGCACAGAUUAAUGCACAUUCCAUUCUGUCAUAAUUUGUUUAGCUAUAGAUUAAGUACUAAGUACUGUUGGUAAUGUUGAGCUUCCAUAUUUAUUUUUAUGCGUCCACAUUUUAUCUGUAAACAUAUUCACAUUAUACAGAAUAUUAAGAUACAUCAGUUUUAUCAUGAGGGACUUUGUUCAAUGCUACAUGUGUAAUCACCUAACAAUAUCAAGUUUUAACUGAAAGCGCUUGUGACGGAUUCUUAGACUUAUUCACAGAUUUUUUAUGUCCCCCACUAUAGUAGUGGGGGACAUAUUGUUUUUGCCCUGUCUGUUGGUCUGUUGGUUUGUUUGCGCCAACUUUAACAUUUUGCAAUAACUUUUGCUAUAUUGAAGAUAGCAACUUCAUAUUUGGCAUGCAUGUGUAUCUCAUGAAGCUGCACAUUUUGAGUGGUGAUAGGUAAAGGUCAAGGUCAUCCUUCAAGGUCAGAGGUCAAAUAUAUGUGGCCAAAAUCGCUCAUUUUAUGAAUACUUUUGCAAUAUUGAAGAUAGCAACUUGAAAUUUGGCAUGCAUGUGUAUCUCAUGGAGCUGCACAUCUUGAGUGGUGAAAGGUCAAGGUCAUCCUUCAAGGUCAGAGGUCAAAUAUAUUUGGCCCAAAUCGCUUAUUUUAUUAAUACUUUUGCAAUAUUGAAGAUAGCAACUUGAUAUUUGGCAUGCAUGUGUAUCUCAUGGAGCUGCACAUUUUGAGUGGUGAAAGGUCAAGGUCAUCCUUCAAGGUCAGAGGUCAAAUAUAUGUGGCCCAAAUCGCUUAUUUUAUGAAUACUUUUGCAAUAUUGAAGAUAGCGACUUGAUAUUUGGCAUGCAUAUGUAUCUCAUGGAGCUGCACAUUUUGAGUGGAGAAAGGUCAAGGUCAAGGUCAUCCUUCAAGGUCAAAUAUAUGGGUCAAAAUUGCUCAUGUAAUGUCACUUCUUCAAUAUUGAAGCUAGCAAUUUUAUAUUUGAAAUGCAUGUGUAUCUCAAGGAGCUGCACAUUUUGAGUGGUGAAGGGUCAAGGUCAAGGACAUCCUUCAAGGUCAAACGUCAUAUAGGGCGACAUUGUGAUUCACAAACACAUCUUGUUUUUUAUUUGCCUGCAUGAAUUUCUUUAUAAUUAUAACAUAUUGAUGAGUAAUUCACAAUCUUUCGAAUAUUUGUUUUAACUAAUUAGAGAUACUGUUCAGCAUGUGAUGGUUAGGCAAUUGGCUUUGUUCGAAGACUAGGAGUUGAUGGUGAUUAGACAUAAUUGUAUGAUGUGUUGUAAUGUAACACUUUUGUCACUUAUCCCACUAAAAGUAGAGAGAUGUGAUAACAUUGAUGCUUGGACAGGAUGUGUAGACCAGUACAUAAUAUGUGAUCAUUUGACACUCUUAGAGUUUAUGUUCUGGGUUAAUUAUGUUGAGGUUUUAUAGUGGGGCAUUUGUUUAUGCAACUAUAAGUUUAGCAAUAUGUACAUAUUUUGUGUUUUUGUUUUGAUUACUUUUAACUGUGAACAUUAUCCAAAUAUUACGAACUUAUGUUUUGCUAGUGGCAAUAGUUGCAUAAGUGUUAACAACUGUUAAGAGGUAGACAAUACAAUUUGCUAUGAACUGAUCGAAGGCUCAGUUUAGUUUUCAGUUAAGUUUUCAUUUGUGUUUUUGAUUUUAAAUAGUUAGUGCCAAACGUAUUUAUCCUCAUUUGAUUAUACAUAUAUGUGUUAGUAUUGAUCAGAUGCGAAGGUUUAACAAAUGUCAAUGUGUAACACUACUUAUAUUGGGCUGCCAUAGAUAGAUUGGCAUUAGAUACAUUGCAAAAACACCAGGCAGCAAUCUUUUUCAUGUUUAAUAAAGAACAUGUAAAACACUUUUCCCAAUCAUGAUAAAAUUACAAAAUUUCCAUUUGCCUUCCAAAAAAUUCCCAAAUGGCCAGAUAGUUGCCUCAACUUUGUUCCAUAUGCAACUUUCUGCAAGUGAACAAAUAAUAUAAGCACUGGAACUGAACAUUUCAGCAAAAAGGUACGUGCAAGAAUAUAUAAAUGUGUUUGUGCAAUUGGGUACCAAGCAAUUAUAAAGCUCCAUAAAUCCCAAGCUGAAGAUUUCACCACAUGGAUGUUUGCAAUGUCAGUUUUUUUGCGUCAAUAUUUCAAACUUUGCGCGGUACCUUUCUUUUCCCAAACGGGCAAAAACAAUUGUUGCCAGGGGUGUUAUCUUUUUGUGUAUCUUUGACAUUUCAUCACCACCUUUCAAUGAAUACUAGUUUUGUUUUGGGAGCAUUUGUUUGUUAAUCAUAUAUUUUAUUUCAUGUAGACUAUUUGUUGAUUAUAAUAAAUUAUACAAUUCA